UCGAUAGAAACCCUACGAAUAUUUUUGAUUAAGGAGACAAAAUGGCGAAGUCGAUGAGAUCGAAGCGGGAGAAGAGGCUGAGAGCCAUAAGGAGGGAAAUUGUGGAACCCUUCUACCAGAAGAAAGAUGAUGCCAAGAUGGCCGCCAUUGAAGCUGCCCUCAAUGCCCCUAAGCUUCCCGUCUCUGCUUCUAUGGAACUGGAAGAACAAGUUCCCGCCUCCACAACAACAACAACAACAAUCGAUCUCAACGCCAUGGCAGUUGAGAUUGAUGACAGUGACGAAUGCAAGACCAAGGCCUCCUUGAGAGCUGCAGGUGGAAUAGGAAAGAAGUCCAAAAGGAAAUUGAAAUUGGCCAAAAAGAAGCGCCGUUCCGGUGGUAAGGGAAAGAUUAGGGGGAAGCGUAAUCUUUGAUUAUAUAUGACCCUCUACAGCCUAAAUCUUUGUUGUUGUUUUUCCCCUUCUCUAUGUCGUAAUACUAUCGACUUUCCUUAUGCUUUUUUUU